AUACGUAAUUGCGGCUUUAGAGGAUACGAUAUAUAAAAGCAGUAGCUCGUUUUUAUGUGCAUACUUCUGGUAAAGUCAAAGUAGAUCUACUUCACUCAGUUGAUUGAAUCUCUUGAUUGGUGUCUGUUAUUAUAUCUAGAGGCCGGUAUACCUUAGUCAGCUUUUGCAGCAAUAGUUUAACCACUGGUAAUAGAAAUGGGUGACCUUUGUACCGAUGAUCCAUUCUGCGAUCCAGAACACCCAAAACUAGUCUCUUAUGACAGUGUCCAGGCCGCCAAAAAUCGAUUACAAGGAGAAGUGUGUAGAACAAGAUGUAAGAAAUCUGAAAGAUUGUCUGAACAGUACGAAAUGAACAUUUACCUCAAAAUGGAGAUCGAACAAAAUACGGGCAGUUUUAAAGACCGUGGAGCUUUCAAUGCUAUCAAGGCUGAGCUAAAGGUCAAUAGUAAAGUCAAGGGUGUAAUAUCAGCCAGUGCUGGGAACCACGCUGUUGCUUUGGCCUAUGCAGGGCAAAAGCUUGGAGUCCCUGUGAUUGUGGUCAUGCCAACAUCAGCGCCACUCGUCAAGAUAGAGGCCUGCGAGAGGUGUCAUGCCGAGGUUAGACUGCACGGAGAACAUAUUGGUCAGGCAAAGACUCUAGGUCUUAAACUGGCCAGGGUCAAAGGGUACACAUAUAUCAAUGGCUAUGACCAUCCUGAAAUCAUAUCUGGUCAAGCGACUGUUGCUACCGAGAUCUUUGAAGAUGUGGAACAUGUGGAUGCUGUCAUUGUGCCAACAGGCGGUGGAGGUCUGAUUGCAGGCGUGGCUGUGGUAGCUGCUGCAGAACGUCCUCACUGCAAAGUUAUUGGCGUUGAGUCAGAGGCUUCCACUGGUUUUCAGCAAGCUCUGGACAAAGGUCACCCAGUAGACACACCUCUGUUAGGAACAUUAGCUCAUGGUCUCGCUGUGCCAAAGGCUGGAGUGAAUUCAUUGGCCACUGCCAAAUCUAAUGUUCACAAGAUGCUGACCGUCAGAGAACCAAGUCUUGUGAAAGGAAUUUUAAAACUCUUUGAAGGGGACAAAAUUGUUGCUGAAGGUGCUGGGGCUGCAGGAGUUGCUGCCCUUAUAGAAGGCUUACUUUCCGACUACAUGGGCAAAACUGUGGUGAUCAUAGUCUCUGGAGGCAAUAUAGACACCACACAGGUCGGAGAUAUCUUAGAACGUGCUUUGGUUUUAGAAAGAAGAUUGUUGAAAUUCGACAUUACGGUGACCGAUUUGUCCAGUGGAUUGUCUACCUUGGGUGAAGUAGCUAAGAAAACACUUUGCAACUUAAAAAAGAUCGAACAGGAAAUUCAGUGGCACAGUGAUAGAAAUUUUUCCAUCGUUAUGAAGUGUGUGGUAGAGACCAAAAACUGUCAACAUUCUAAUGAGUUCAUGAAAGCCAUAGCAGAACAUUUCACAUCUUCCAGUUUCCACUGUUAGAUUGUAGCUUAUAUUGACAUUAUUUUCAAGUUUUCUAUUGUUGAAAUUGUUUAAAGUCAUUUUGAUACACUUCGUCUUUCAUCAGUAACAGUCAUGUUCAUCCUUAUAUUGAUGUCACAAUGGUCCAAUGAUGUACACGAAUGGCUUUAAAUUCAAAUAGAAUUUGGCAUCAAAUGAAUGAGCUAUUACUAUAACAAGUUUACCAACUAGGCUACUCAUAGGUCAAGUGUAUAACUGAUAGAUACUUUAAAGUAACAAUGCUAAUUGUCGUUAAGACCAUGGGCAGUACAUUUACAUAAAUUGGUGGAGCAGUUUCCCCGAUGUUAUUGCAGACAUCACUGACCAUACAAUUUUAGCUCUAAUUCUUUUAUGCUGACAAUCUGUAGAUAGUUUGUAAAUAGAAAGUCUUUCAAAUGAUUAUCAUUGUAUGAUUUGUGAAACUCUCGUGGUUACAAGUUUAUAAUUACUUUUUAAGGUAAUUAUUUUUAAAACACUACAAUUUAUAGUUGGUAAAAGAGAUGCUUAUUUAUUGCAAUUAAUUAAUUUGAUUUUAGCAAUGCGAUUUUAGUUUAAGCGGCCAAACCCUGUACAAUUCUCUUUAUAGAUCUAGAUCCAAAGUCUAUUUUUAGUAUAGUUUCAUGAUUUAAUCUUCUGAAAGCGAGCUCUCUUGUUCUUAAAAUUAAAUUUGCAAACUGUUUUUUAUAAAGGUACAUCAUUUAAAAAACAAAAAAAACCUAAAACGAUUUUUACUUAUAUUGUCUUAUGUAUAGUGUUGUUAAAGGAUUGAAUAAGAGCGAUGAAAAUAAUACAAA